AUGGAUUUUGCCUCGAAGCGACGUCGAAGAAGGCGGGUUGCCGACGAGAAUCGCAAAAGGGCACCCCGAGCGGCGAGAUCGCCUUCUGUUCAAGAUAUCGCGUCUAGCGACCUCACUGAACCUGGUGUAGCCACUGUAUCAAGCAACAGCCAAGCCCAGCUACUGCAAGAUCCGCUUUCUCCGGCAUCAGCUUUUUCCCAAAGGCUCGCCGAACAUGUUGUUGCAGGUCAAUCCAAAAGGACUCCGUGGCCGAACAUCCUCUCACGCCUGAGGGAUGCGUUUUCGCUAGAUCCAGAUACUGCUCCCGAAGGAAGGGACAUGGUCGGCAUGCAAGCACAUAUGACGCGUCCAAAGGCACUUCAUCCGUCUGAGGCGGCCCGUUUACAUGCAGCAAUUGACGCAUUCCCCCCACGUCCUGUCGCCGAAUUUUUGCUUUCGGUAUUCAUUAAACAUGCAACAGAUACAUUCUUCUACUUUGACCAAGAUCAAAUAAUGUCCGAGAUUGAUCAGUUUUACAACGACACCACCUCCCCGUUGAGAUCUGACUUGAGCUUUGUCUGUCUUGUAAUGGCAACAUUCGCACUAGGUAGUCAAUGGACGCCACUAGAAAGACCAGAUGAAUCUGCGGUCAGCUUGGAUAAUGAUGAUUUAGGCCAAGUAUUCUACACUCAUGCCAAAGCGCUUAUCCCCGAUCUGAUUGACCGCCCCUGCCUUCGAUCCAUUCAAGCGCCUUUUUUGUUGGGUGUCUACCUAAUGCCAGCAAGUGCCAUUGGAUCAUCCUAUGUCUAUAUGGGCUUGGCCUUACGCAAGGCACUGGCAUUUGAUCUCCAUCUCAACCCAGAGGAUCAAGCAGUUGACGACCGGGAGAGAGAGGUCCGGUGUCGGUUAUGGUGGUCAAUCUAUUCACUCGAGAGGUGUACUACUGUCAAACUAAGCAGGCCUCGCUCUAUCAAUGCCAAUGUAGUCAAAGUGCCACAUCCAUCACCUCUCCCAACACUGGAUCGCCUGCAAAGAUACAACAAUAUUCAAUUCCAGAUGGCGUACACUCGUCUGAUCAAGAUUCUUGAUCGAAUUGCCGAGCCAUGGCAUGUUGCCUCUGGCACCGAAGCAGAAGAGCAGUCGGAAUCCGAAGCUCUGGCCUCUGAUCUUCGACAGUGGAAGGAGUCCUUACCACCAGACUUCAAGCUUGACAACAUGGACCCUAAAGACUCAAGGUACCGUACGAUCUUCCAUCUCUAUUUGAAUUAUUACUAUGCCUGGAUAGCCAUGGGCAAAGUCGCCCUUGUAACCGUUGCCCGAACGAGCCUUCGCCGUCAUAUAUUUCCUGCAUUGCGCCCUCCUGAUCCAAACGAAGCUACUUUGAGGCAGUCUCGAUAUUGCGCAAAGGCAGGCAGAAAACUUCUCCUGCUCUUCGAGGAUCUGACGCAAACCCGCAACAUCACUCGCUUUUCCUUCACAGACUUCCAGGGAUGCAGUAUUGCGACUAUCGUGACACUAGUGGCUGGGAUCACGGAACGCGAUUCAGGAUACAGUUCUCGAGUGAAAUUUGGUCUGGAUUGCCUUCGGAAAAUGGCAACUGGGAACAUGACAGCCAAAUUAGGGGUGGAAUUUGUGGAGGCCGUGCAGUCUAUAACAAACGAGGCCGCGGAGAAGCUCCGUCAAGCGUCCUCUGUGACCAACAAAACACAAGAUGUGCAAGCUUCGGUUUCCGCAUCUGAUUACAACCAAUGGGCCGAAUGGCUUACCAGAUUGGAACGCUCUCAGACACUGGAGCAAAGAGAAAUCCAUGAGGUAGAGCCUGGCGUGCUUUCACACACUGCACCACACCCACCACAGUCAAACGAGAAUACGUCCGAUUGGAGGACUGUUGGUGAACAGUAUAUCCCGGAAAGCUCGAUCCCGCAGAACCUAGCACAUGACUCUAGUAUACUGCGGGAGUUCCAGUCUACAGAGUACGACCUUUUGUCAGGGCUCCAGAGUGAUGAUCCAACCUUUCUCAUGGGCUUAACUGGGCUUGAUGUUCUAGACUUCUCUGAGUUUACAUAA